AUGGCUACAAUACUCGUUACCGGAGGAAACAGAGGCAUUGGUUUUGGCAUAGUCCAGGCCAUAGCCGACCGGCUUCCAGAUUCUACUGUCAUCAUCGGAUGCCGUUCGACUCUGGCCGGGGAUGAAGCUGUGACCAAACUCAGAGAACUCGGUGUCAAAACGAACCUGGAUUUGAUCAGAAACAUGGGAAUCUUGAUCAAUAAUGCUGCCAAUUUAGAGGUUGCUAGUUCGUCAGAACUAUCCGAGAUUCGGUCAAAAACAAACGCUGUGUACAACAACUGCAUCACGUCAAACGCGAUAGUCACACAGGCUUUCCUGCCCUUGCUCCGAAAGGCCGAGUAUCCACGAGUCAUCAUGAACUCCAGUGCUAGGGGUAGCCUCACACGCACGGCAUCUAGAGAGCUCCCGCCAGUUUCACUCGUGAAUUACUGCGUGGCCAAGGCUGCGCUCAACAUGUUGACCUUGCACUUUCAGCUUGCUGAAGAGCAGAGGCAAGACGGGCAAAGAGUCAUGUUUUGGGCCACUAGUCCCGGGCAUUGCAAGACAGCCUUCAACAACUUCCGUGGGGUGAAGGAUCCAAUUGACGGAGCAGAGGCAAUCGUGCGCUUGCUGGAGUCAGAAAAGGGGGUCACUAAGCCUGGGACGUUCUGGGAGUUCGAGCAGGGUAUGUUCAGGAUGGUGCCGUGGUAG